AUGAAUGAGCUUGACGAUGCAUCCGAUCUGGAGGAGGUCGAUGUCAGCAAUGGACGUAACCAGCAGAGACCAGACGAUUCUGCCGGUCCAGCUUGUCAAGCGUGUCGUAAGAAGAAAGCAAAAUGCUCGAGAGAGACACCUUGCUCUCAAUGCAUCAAGAAUGGGACUUCCUGUCUUUAUGACAAAGAUAAGGGAAGACCAGGCAUGAAAGCUGGCGCCAUUGAGCGUCUUACUCGACGCCUGGAUGUCCUAGAGAAUAUGUUCCUUGGUCAGGGACUUCUUUGGCAGCAGGUGUGGAAUGCCCCCCAAUCGCAGCAUAAUCAACAAUCCCCGCCAAUAUCGAUACGCAGCGACUUGUCCGGCGGCACUGAGCAAGUCAGACAAUUUUUGGAGUCUCUAGGUCAGAAGAGAGCACGCAUCGAUGACCACGAUAUCUCCACCGGGCCAAACACAAAAAAGAAGCCACGUACCCAAGACGCUCAACAUCGCCUUCAAACCGAGCGCUCUCAGUCUGCAUUCGCCAAUUUUGAGUCCAUACCAGCCGAUUUACUCGACUCCCUAGUCGAGAUCUACUUUGCGCGCAUCCACCCCUGGAUUCCCGUACUCCACGUUAGGCAAUUUCGGAGGCAGUUGAAUUCGGAAAGCAGGGACGAUGCUGGCACCAUCUUGUGUGCCAUUACAUCGACCUGCGUCCGGUUCUCUGACAAUGUUCGAUUUGGGACAGCUGCAGAACGAUUUCAACUGGCACAGUCAUGUCGACAGUCUGUGAUCCUGCAAAGUAUGGAGUCCUUUUCAGUCACUAACCUUCAAGCCUUGAUCAUAUGCGCUUUCGAUAUUAUUGGAAGUGGCCGAGGUCCGUCUGCCUGGUCAAUUGUUGGAAGCAUGGCUCGUACGGUCGAACAGUUGCAACUCAGCAUCGAAGACGAAGACCCGCAACACAUGCCAUCCGAGACGAAAGUGCUUGUCAAGAGGAUGAAGUUUCUUAGGCCAUGUCAGACCUGGAGUGAACGAGAAGAACGAUGCAGAGUCUUUUGGAAUGUCUUCCUGAUGGACAGGUUCUGCAGCGUCACUACAGGCUGGAACGUCUGUUUGACCAGUGCUGAAGUCAGACGGCGAUUGCCGUGCGAGGGGGCGCUUUGGGAAGAGGGGAACCCGCUACAUAUUCUAACUCCAUUCUUCGGUGUAUCUGGUCCACCCGAGCAAGCAAGCAGCCAGCUACCAAACAGUCGCUCUGAGACAGCAGAUCAAGCAUCACUGGGCGGCUUUGCCUACUGUAUCGAAGCUACUGAGAAUUUGAGCUUGGUCACAUCAUUCUUCCUGCAGCAGGCGGUAGACGUGGCACGAGUUCAUGACAUACAAGUGUGGUUGAUGAGGUUCAAGCAACUGGAUCUCCGUCUUAUACAAUGGAAACUCUACCUCCCAGAGCGGUGGCGGCAGGCUUGUGCUCUCAACGAUGAUGGCAACAUGGACCCGAACCUAACCUUGGCUCACAUAACCCACAAUACCGCUGUCGUACUAUUACACCAAGGCAUUGCGUACCCGUCUUCCGAGUGGCAAUCGGUACCGAUCAAUCUGCCAUCUGCUUCGAGCGCAGACACAUGCUUAGCCGCUGCGAUCGAGGUAUCGAUCAUCGCUGAGGAGCUUCUCCGCAAUACAGACUUUCUGACGAAUCCGCAGUUCGCUUUCUGUCUGUUCGUUUGUGGUCGCAUGCUUAUUGCGCACUCUUUCUACUGUCAAAAUCAGUUGCCACUUGCGCUCGACAACCUCGUCAACAGCUUACACGAGAUGUCACGGCGAUGGAAUGGUCUUCAUUCAGCUUCGACUGAGAACCUGGCCUCCAAAUUUGCUUUGCGCCUGGAGCACGCUCGAAAAUCUGGGCUCGAACAUGCGGACAUGCGCCAGGCUGCAUAUUUUGAGGACCAGGCACCGUCUGUCGCCGUAUCGCCGAGACCGGACGAAAACAAUGCACGAGGCGAUGUCUACAAGCACAGCAGUCUGCAUCAUUCUCUCGGAACAUUCGGCGAAGUGUUGCCUUUGCCCGUGUGUCAAGGUGAAAGCCCUGACAGCAUAACGCUGGCUUUCCCGCCCCUACCGCUGGCGUUUGAGGCACAAAGUACGAGCGAAGUCCAGGGUAGAGUACCACCUGCAGUAAUGCUGAAUGGCGAAAUGCAAGAUCCUGGUGCACAAUAUCAUCAAGACGCGCAUUUACCGUCAGAAGCACCGCUUGGGAACAACAUCACUUUCGAAAACAUGGCGUCCUAUCUGGAUUACCCAUUCCUCCCGGAUCAGCGAGUGAGCGCCUUUUCCAACCCACAGGGAAUGUAA